AUGCCAGACCAGAAUGCGUCUCAUGAGAGCCCAGGACGAAUCGUCGUUGUGAUUGCUGGAAAAAACAACGAGCAUGCCAAUAUCUCUCAAGAAUACUGUGUCUUGGGAGAGUAUCAGGUGACGGAUCUGUGGCUGGAGAAUUUUCCCGACUCUGGCUCGGUACAAGCUUCUAAAGCUGUGGCCUCUUGGAUGGUGAGGCUGGAAGCCGAGUUCAACAAGUCAUCAUGGGCUGAGCAUUGCUCCCCCCCUCCUAAAUGGUGA